GAUCUGUCCAUUCACUACGGAGAUUUUGAGGAGGGAGACUUUGUGCUUGGGUUUGAGCCCCUCAUUGACAAGUAUGGUGAGAGCCUGGCGAACUACAAGCCCACCGGCACUUCUGGGUCGAUGAAAGCGCUUGGAAGACAGCACGAAAGGGGCCUGGUAUUUCCCUUUGCUGUUGGCUGCAAGGGUAUGGCUGAGUUCCGCGUCGCUAGAGAGGACGCCUGCAGCACGCUGCUGCAGAUGGCUGAGGAUAGCUAUCCUGAUGUCAAGCAUCCACUGCUGAAUGACUUCAAGGGCGACUGCGCAACUGCCAUCGAAACACGCAAAGUUCCCUGCAUCUCCUUGGAACACGUUAUUGGAAACUGGCUGGGAGGACGUGACAUUUGGUUUCUGAAG